AUGUCGAGGAGCAGGGCGACGGCGUCGCGCUCGGCGACGACCCACCUCGACGCGUCCGCACCGCCUCGCGACCCCAAGCAGGCUCUGCGACGAGGUUGCUCUGCUCCACGGAGCUUGAGCAGCCCGUCGCAAGUCGAAGCUCGCCUCGAAGAAGCCGACCUCCUCAAGAAGGUCCUUGACGCCGUCAAGGAGCUCGUCACCGACGCCAACUUUGACUGCUCGGACGAGGGCAUCAAGCUGCAGGCGAUGGACAACUCGCACGUCGCGCUCGUCUCGCUCAACCUCAUCAAGUCGGGCUUCAGCCAGUACCGCUGCGACCGCGACAUGUCGCUCGGCAUGUCGCUCACGUCGCUGCAGAAGAUCGUCAAGUGUGCGGCCAACACGGACACGGUCACGCUCCGCGCCGACGAGUCGCAGGACGUGCUCGCGCUCCUGUUCGAGGCCAAGAAGACGGACCGCGUCGGCGAGUACGAGAUGAAGCUCAUGGACAUCGACCAGGAGCACCUCGGCAUCCCCGACACGGUCUACGACGCCGAGAUCGACCUCCCGAGCGGCGAGUUUGCGCGCAUCAUCCGCGACCUCAAGGAGCUCGGCGAGAGCGUCAAGAUCGAGGUCAGCAAGGACGGCGUCCGCUUCUCGAGCGAGGGCGACAUCGGCAACGCGUCCGUCACGCUCAAGCCGACCGACCGCCGCGGCAAGGAGGCGGCGAGCGACUCGGACGAGGACGAGUCCGAGGCCGAGGGUUCGGACGACGAGGACAAGAGUGACGAGGAGGAGGAAGAGGAGGAGGAGGAGGAGGAGCCCAAGGAGGAGGACGAGGAUGUCCAGAUCGCCGACGGCUCACAGGAGGACCAGAAGCCCACCGUGGCGGCGUCCGGCGACGAGGACGAGGACGGCGACGCGUCGUCGCCCAAGAAGAAGCGCGCUGUCGCCGACUCGGAGGACGAGAACGACGACGAGGACCAGCCGAGCGCCAAGAAGGUCAAGGGCGAGAAGGGCGCCGCCGUCAAGAAGGAGAAGGACGCGGCCGCGGCCAAGAAGGAAAAGGAGAAGGAGAAGAAGAAGAAGGCGGCCGAGAAGGACAAGGCCAAGAGGCAGAAGGAGAAGGAGAAGAAGGCCGAGAAGAAGAAGGCCGAGAAGAAGAAGGCGGUGGCCAAGAAGGGCAAGGCCAAGAAGGAGGACGAGGACCAGAAGAUGGACGUCAAGAUCAACCUGCAGCAGGCCGUAUCGCUCACGUUCUCGAUCAAGUACCUGUCCAACUUCGCCAAGUCGACGCCGCUCUCGGACCGCGUCCAGCUCCACAUGUCGAACGAGGUGCCGCUCCUCGUCCAGUACUCGUUCGACGCCGGCAACGUCCGGUACUACCUUGCGCCCAAGAUCGCCGACGAGUAG